GUCGGCGCGGGCAGAGCGUUCGCUGCACUGUUGAUGGCCGUUCGCCGUUUGCCGUUGUGUUCGCCGCGCGGCGAGCCGUUCAUUGUUUGUUGUCAGUCGCGUUCAUCUCAUCCCAUCUCUCGCUUCGCGUCUUUCUGUGAUGGAAUUUAUUAAUGCUAGUUCAUAGUUAUUAUUUAUUUGUUUUUGUGUGUGCGUUGUUCGUGAGUGUGCAAAAAAUGACCCAAAAUGCAGGAAACACAAUGGAAUAAGGACAAGCCGGAAAAUGGCUGCAACAACAAUGGCUACAGCCACAAGAGCAGGAGCGAAGGGAGCAGCGGUUGUCAUCAGCGUCUCUUCCUAUGCAUUGCCAAGGCUGUGAAGCAAUUCAUUGAUCUCUGCAACGACCUAGGUGCAAACUGCAGCCCGGCAGCAACCACAGCGACAGCGACAACCACGAAUACAUCUCCAGCGGCCUCAGCCUGCUCCUCCACCACCAGCAGCACGCACAACUUGAUAACAGGUGGCGCGCCACAGGCGCAGCUUCAGGUGCAAUCUUCAACGGCAACAUCAGGAUGCGGUGGCGGUGGAGGAGCCUCGCUCGAGCGACGCCCCAUUUCGCAUACGACAGCCGUCAAGUUUCUUAACGCCCGCAAGUUUGAUGUCGAGCGAGCGGUGUCAUUGUACGUGCAGCAUGAACAGAUCCGGCAAAAGGAGUCCCUCGACACCAUUAAUCCCGAUGUGGAGCCACUGCUAUCCGAGCUGAAAACCAGCAAGUUCACGAUCCUGCCUGCUCGCACAUCCAGUGGCGCUGCCAUUGCCCUGUUCACCGCCAGUCGCCACAGUCCGCUGAGCGUUUCGCACAAGACCACGCUGCAGGGCAUUGUCUACCAGCUGGACAGUGCGCUUCAGGACACGGAGACGCAACGUGCCGGUCUUGUUUUCAUCUACGACAUGAGCGGGUCCAAGUAUUCCAACUUUGACUAUGACCUCUCCCAGAAGAUUCUUACGCUGCUCAAGGGCGGCUAUCCGGCGCGCCUGAAGAAAGUGUUGAUCGUGACGGCGCCGUUGUGGUUCAAGGCUCCAUUCAAAAUCCUGCGUCUGUUUGUGCGCGAGAAGCUGCGCGAGCGAGUCUUUACCGUAUCCGUGCCGCAGUUGGCACUCCACGUGCCCCGUACGGCGCUGCCCAUUCAUCUGGGUGGCACCCUGGAGAUCAAGCACGCCACAUGGUUGCUCAGCUGCCGCCAAUCGAUGACGAAUCGUGAGGACGAGCUGGCCAACAUCGUGGGUGUGGGAUCGGGAUCGGGAUCGGGAUCUGCAGCAGCAGCAGCAGCGGCGGCUAAUGGCACCGAGACGGAGGCCGGAUCUACGGUAAUCAGCGCCGUUCACCAGCUGGGCGACAACAAUACCACCGUGGUGAGCGUGGUCAGCAAUGGCGUGGGCCCAGCAGGAUCGCCAGGAGACGCUGGCUCAAAGCCAGCUAUAAGCGGCGGCGAACCCAACGAAAACAUCACAAUAAAUGGCCUAAGUCCCAGCCACCAGCGUCAGGUCAACGGCAGCAACAGUGUCUCCACAGCUGUCAAUCCACUCAAACUCAACACGAGUGGAGUGGCGGAAAAUAGCAGCAGCAGCGGCACAACCAAUGCCGCUGCCACGGCCACAACCGGAGGUGGAACAGCCGGAGCGGGCAUAGCGGCAACAGCCGCCGGCGGAGGUGGAACCACAACCAAUGGCGGCGGUGAGUUUUGGUCAGAGAAUCCCCCCAGCAGCGCCUCGUCCGGCUUCAGUGAUGACGACAGUCUGGCCGGUCAGGAGGGGGAUCCCAAGCCCAUCGAACAGAUCGUGCAAAUGGUGAAGCAGCGCGGUCGCACCGGUUUGAUCAAGGAGUAUGCGGACAUACGGAAUCGAGCGCCCGAGGGCACCUUCCUCUAUGCGAGAAUGCGACCUAAUCUGACCAAGAACCGCUACACAGACGUCCUUUGCUACGAUCACAGUCGAGUGGUGCUGGCACACGAAGACGGCGAUGAGCCGUCCGAUUAUAUAAAUGCGAAUUUCGUCGAUGGCUACAAACAGAAGAAUGCCUAUAUUUCAACUCAAGGUCCAUUACCAAAGACAUCCCCGGACUUUUGGCGCAUGAUCUGGGAGCAACAUUGUUUAGUUAUAGUGAUGACAACGCGCGUGAUGGAGCGCGGACGCGUGAAAUGCGGCCAAUACUGGGAGCCGACUGAAGAUAGUUCCUUAGAGUUUGGCAACUACCAUGUGCGAACAAUUAGCGUUGAGUGCAAUGAGGAUUACACGGUUGCCUCGUUGGAGCUAAGAAACAUAAAGACUGACGAAAUCCGCAAUGUGUCACAUUGGCAGUUCACCAGCUGGCCGGAUUACGGCGUUCCCAGUUCAGCCAUGGCCAUGCUGAACUUUCUGCAGAAGGUGCGCGAUAAGCAGGCGGAGCUCGUCCAUGCCCUCGGCGAUACAUGGGCGGGGCAUGCUCGCGGUCCGCCCAUUGUGGUGCACUGCAGUGCAGGCAUUGGACGCACUGGCACAUUUAUAACUCUGGACAUUUGCAUAUCGCGGCUGGAGGAUGUGGGUACGGCGGACAUACGCGGAACCGUGGAAAAGAUCCGAUCGCAGCGCGCCUACUCCAUCCAAAUGCCCGAUCAGUAUGUGUUCUGUCACCUGGCCCUCAUCGAGUAUGCAUACUCGCGCGGCAUGCUGCAGACCGUUGACCUAGCCGGCUUCGAUGAGCGCGAACAGGACUCGGAGUAGGCGUGCGAGUAGGAUUCCAAGAGGGAAACGGAAGCGGAAACGGACGACAACAAAAAAACCUUGUAUACAGAAUAAUUUGAUGUUUUUACUCUCGCAAAUCGGAGCUGUAACCUUUUUUGUACUAGAUGAGCGAUUGUUCAGAUAUGAUAUAAUGAUAAUCGUUGAGAACAGAGAAAGAGAAAGAGAUAGAGAAAGAGAAAGAGAAAGAGAAAGAGAGAGUAGAGUAACCAAUUUACGUUAAUCUAUUGUAUUUUUUUUUUUAUAUAUAUAUGUAUUAUUACACAUACCAAGCUAUAGUUUGUAUAGCAUCAUCUAUAUAUAUAUAUCUAUAUAUAUAUAUAAACAUUAUUUAAAUUAAAUUUAAACUAAAUGAAAAACAAGUAGCUAAAAAUAAAGAAAGAAACAAACAAAAUAAACAAAAAUAAAACCAGCAGGAGAAGCUGUUAACUAGA